AUGAACGGUCACACAGAACAGAUGAAUGGUGAAAGAACAGCACUCGACCUGACCGUACUCGGCUUGAAUAGCGGAACGAGUAUGGACGGUAUCGAUUGCGCACUCUGCAGAUUCCGCCAAACCAGUCCUGAGGCACCCAUGCAUUUCGAGCUGCUCAAAUAUGGAGAGAUCCCACUCGAGCAGAAGAUCAAGAAGAGAGUCAUGAACAUGAUCUACCACAACCGCACAACACCUGAAGAACUAUCCGAAGUCAACGUUUUGCUAGGCAACACCUUCGCCGAUGCAGUCAAGGAAUUUUGCAAGGAGCAAGAUGUUUCCAUCAACAGCAUCGAUGUGAUCGGAUCGCAUGGCCAGACUAUCUGGUUGCUCAGUAUGCCUGAACUAGGCCAGACCAAGAGUGCUUUGACCAUGGCUGAGGGCACCUUCAUCGCUGCACAAACAGGCAUCACCACCGUUACCGAUUUCCGUGUCAGUGAUCAAGCUGCUGGUCGUCAAGGAGCACCCCUCAUCGCCUUUUUCGAUGCCCUCCUCCUUCACCACCCUAAGAAGCUUCGUGCUUGUCAGAACAUUGGCGGUAUCGCCAACGUCUGCUUCAUCCCACCUGACCACGCCGGAGGUAUCGACAAAUGUUUCGACUUUGACACCGGCCCAGGAAACGUCUUUAUCGAUGCUGUUGUACGAUACUACACCGGCGGCAAGCAAGAGUAUGAUAAAGACGGUGCCAUGGGCAAGCGUGGUACCGUGAACCACAAGCUGGUGGACGAGUUCCUCGAGUUCAAAUACUUCAAGCUGGAUCCUCCAAAGACGACUGGCAGAGAAGUGUUCCGAGACACCUUAGCUCAUGAGUUGAUCGAGAAGGCAGAGAAGCUGGGCAUGUCGCCGGACGACGUUGUAGCUACAGUGACUCGCAUCACUGCUCAGGCCAUUGUUGACCACUAUCGCCGCUACGCACCUUCACAAGACAUCGAUGAGCUCUUCAUGUGUGGUGGUGGAGCAUACAACCCAAAUAUUACCGAGUACAUUCAGAAGAACUACCCCAGGACCAAGAUCUUCAUGUUGGAUGAUGCAGGUGUUCCAGCUGGUGCGAAGGAGGCCAUCACUUUUGCAUGGCAAGCCAUGGAAGCCGUUGUCGGUCGCUCGAUCCCUGUUCCUGAUCGCGUCGAGACAAGGCAGGAGUAUGUCCUUGGUAAGGUAGCCCCAGGAAAGAACUACAGAACAGUCAUGAAGCAAGGCAUGUUGUUCGGAGAGGGUGAAAGAUUGCCGCCGGUGAAGGAGAUGGUCAACUAUGUCAACGGCAAGGUGUUUGACAAUAACUGGGAAUAG